AUUUACUGUACUGAAUUAACCAAUUCAACUCAUUUUGGUGUCCUAAUCCUUGAUCAAAAUCUUCAUAUACAAAUUCAUCUGGAUUUGUGCCCUUCCCUACAUCAUUAUAUUCCUUCCCUUUAUUGCUUCCUAUCGGUGCUUCAACCAAGUUCAUAAGAUUGUCUGCAAAAGUAAUCUGGUGAAAUUCAAGUAUAUAGUGUUGCUGAAAGAGACAUUUCUGGGAAUGCCUAAAAGAUGUACCUUCUUGAUUCCAAUUUUGUCUAUGAAAUCUUUAAGGUGUUUUUAUAUUUUCUCUCACUGCCCCAUUUAAUGCUUGUGAAGAGUGAAUCCCUUAUUUAUACCUCAUACAUUAGUUAUUCCUUGAUGCACAAUUGGCACAUAAGUUUUUCUAGAUUGCCUGUACUUCUAAUUCGCGAUCGGUGCGAAGACGGUUGAAAUUGAAACUUGAUAUAUCUUUUUCUUUUAUGUAUGUAGAUAGAAAUACUUUAGGAACUAGGAAGUUAGUGUAAAAUAUUAUACUGGUUUAAGAUCUAGUAUGGAGAGUGAUAUGAAACCGAAUGUGUUGAUGGAACGAUACGAGUUAGGAAGGUUACUUGGUCAGGGAACUUUUGGAAAGGUUUACUAUGCACGGAGUACGGUAACUAACCAGAGUGUCGCCAUUAAAGCGAUUGAAAAGGAUAAAGUUAUGAGAACCGGUCAAGUUGAUCGAAUCAAGCGUGAAAUAUCUGUUAUGAAAUUGGCUAGGCAUCCGAAUAUUAUACAGCUUUUUGAAGUUAUGGCAACUAAGAGUAAGAUUUACUUUGUUAUGGAGUAUGCAAAAGGUGGUGAGCUCUUCGACAAGGUGUGUAAAGGAAGACUCAAAGAAAAGGUUGCGCACAGAUAUUUUAAGCAGUUAAUCAAUGCAGUCGAUUUUUGUCACAGUAGAGGUGUGUAUCAUCGAGACAUUAAGCCUGAAAACGUUCUGUUGGAUGAAAAUGGGAAUCUAAAGGUUUCUGAUUUCGGGUUAAGUGCUCUUGUGGAAUCAAAUCAACAGGAUAUCAUCCUCCGCACGCCUUGCGGCACUCCGGCCUAUGUUGCUCCAGAAGUCAUCAAAAGAAAAGGGUAUGACGGUGCCAAAGCCGAUAUUUGGUCUUGUGGAAUAGUUCUGUUUGUUUUAUUGGCAGGUUAUCUUCCUUUUCAUGACUCAAAUUUGAUAGAGAUGUAUAGGAAGAUACACAAAGCAGAACUAAAAUGUCCUGGUUGGUUUCGACCGGAAGUGUGCAAGCUAUUAAGCGAUAUAUUGGAUCCUAAUCCCGACACUAGGAUUUCCAUAGAAAAGAUUAAGGAACAUUGUUGGUUUAAAAAUGAACUAACUGCAAGAAACAAAAAACAACUGUUGGAAAAUAACACUGUCUCUUCUUCGAGUUCAGUUGUUUCUGAUCAAAAUGAUGAAAAUGACGGCCCAGAAUCCGAGGCAAAGGAAGAGUCGGUUGUACCAAUCAGUAUAAAUGCAUUUGACAUCAUCUCCCUUUCAGCUAGUUUUGAUCUUUCAAGAUUCUUUAAAGACGGUGUUCAGAAAAGAGAAGCCAGGUUUAGUUCAAAACUACCUGCAUCAGUCAUCAUCUCGAAGAUAGAAGACAUUGCUAAGCAACUGAGGAUGAAAAUUAAGAAAAAAGCUGCUGGUUUGUUGAAACUAGAGGGAUUUGAUGAAGGUAGGAAAGGGGUUUUAUCCAUUGAUGCGGAGAUUUUUGAGGUUACACCAAAUUUCCAUUUAGUUGAGGUGAAAAAAUCAAAUGGAGAUACAUUGGAAUAUCAGAAAAUAUUGAAAGAGGAUAUAAGACCUGCUCUUCAAGAUAUUGUUUGGGUGUGGCAAAGUGACCAACAGCAGCAGUCACAACAGUCAGAUCAACAGCUACAGAUACAUGACCAGCAGCAACGACAACCACAAUCAUAACACACAAUUUUGAGAUACCUUAUUGUAUGUGUAUACUUUUUUUUUUUGUUUUGAUCAAAAAAGUUUCGGAGAAUUGGGUCUCGAUGGCUUAUCAGGAUCAGAGCAAGCCUCGGAGCUUAGAGAACACUGACAAAGGUACUUACAAACUAUCCACAAAAAAGGUUCUCACGUCAUCGGUGGGAGUUGUGCACGCAUCUUUGUGGAAUAUGAGUCAAUUUCAUACCAACAAGGUUGUCUAUUCAUCUCACUGCAAUGCUCUUUACUUGUUUUUAAUACAAAAAAAGUCUCAAUCGAGCACCUGCGGGUUAUAGCAUUUCUUGAUGGGAUGUUUUUUCUUUCUUUGAAUCAUGUAAGAUUUAACUGUCUCAGAUUGACCUUACUGUAGCAUACAUUUUGUUUGCAAAGUACAUUUCUCAAUUUUGUUGUAUGAGUUUUAUUGAACUUAUGUCCAGUUUUAAUUUGAUGA